AUGACCAAGCUACGGGUGCUGGGCUGGAACCCAAUGUGGGCGACUGGCGUUCGCCUCGCGGAGAUCGCCAGCUGCACACGAAAUAUGGACUUCACGCUCCUGGCUGGCACCCAGAACGUCUGCCGUGAAGCAUCUCAUGUUCUCCAGCGGCGGGUCGGUGGGCGAAUUGCCCUAGAGGCGGCAGCACAUCCAAGCUUGUACACAAACGCUAGCGCCGGCGUGUCCAUCCUUCUUGGCAUCAUGUUCGUCGUGUAUACCCCAGUCCACAAGACGUGGGCGGACGCUGCUUGGCGGCGAGGCCCGCGUUACACUCAGACGGUUGCCAAGAUGAUUCAGUGGUGGCGCACUUGUUUAUCGCAGUUGCCGACGCGCUGCCUCCCACUGUUCUACGCUGACGUCAAUGACGGACUAGGCUGCCGCAAGAUCGACGGCGACUGGACGGACUAUGAGACGAAGGCUAUUGGCAGAAUGCGUACACGAGAACGGCGCCGACUGGGCGCGGGCGAGGCGGUGGGAGAUCUACUCACGCAGCAGCACCUAUUGGCGGCCAACGCGAUGAACAGGUACGAGGCGACCUUCUUCGGCAAGGGGCCUGGGGGCCCGAGCAGUCUCAUCGAUUUCGUUUUCCUCCCACAGGGCUGGGCGUCCCACGUAGUCAAGUGCCACACGUUGCACCGAGUGGGCGCCCAGCUUCAGGACCAACCAGUCAUGGCGAAGUGGGACAUGGCAGCCCUCAUGGCGGCGGCCAAGAAUGGCGACCAGCGCGUGGACUUCGUGAACGGUGUCGCCCAAUGGUUGGACGACCACGUCGAGGAGCGCACCACGGCCCACGACCAGGACGCCCCCGAUCACACCUUUGAGCUGCUGGAGCGCUGCAUGGUCGAGGUUGGCUCCGAGUACUUCACGAAGCCGGCGGACCUCCCCGACGAAUACGCGCACUGGGCGAAGCUGAGGAGAGACAUGCUCCAGAAGAGGAUCGACAUGCGCGCCUCGCGCGCGACCGUGGACGACACCGAGCUGGAGCAGCUGGAGUACGACCUCCGCGACCUCUCCCAGCGCCUCACACUUCUUCGAAGAAGACAUGUACGUGUUGUGAGGGAGUCCUACGUCCAGGCCUCAUACGACGCUUGGGCCCAGCGGAACCUCUGCGGGGCCAUGGGCUGGGCCCGCCGUGCUGCCCGCUGUCGCUUUUCGGCAAAAAGACGGGAUGGGCGGCGUUUCGGCGGAGCUCCCAUCACGCAUGAGGAGUGGCUCGCCGUCUGGUCUCUCCCAGGCGGCGACGGCGGGGUGCAGGUCCACCCGAUCGACCUGGGCGCCUGGCGUGCCACUCGUGAUGGUUUGGACAUGAAUCAGAUUUAUGACAUGGCCCGCUAUGAGGAUCGCCCCCAGCAGUUAGGGUACAAGGAUAUUCAAC